UAAUUUAUUUUUUAGAUAUUAUUAUUCCAAUAUUAGGAAGUUUAUUAUUAAUUAUUUGUGUUUUAGUAGGAGUUGCCUUUUUAACUUUGUUGGAGCGUAAGGUUUUGGGUUAUAUUCAAAUUCGUAAAGGACCAAAUAAAGUUGGAUUUAUUGGGAUUUUUCAGCCUUUUAGUGAUGCUAUUAAAUUAUUUACUAAGGAGCAUGUUUAUUUAAUAGUUUCUAAUUAUUGAUUAUAUUAUUUUUCUCCUGUUUUUGCUUUAUUUUUGAGAUUAUUUGUAUGGGCUUGUAUUCCAUUAUGAGUGAAAUUAUAUUCUUUUAGAUUAGGGGUAUUAUUUUUUUUUAGAUGUAUAGGUUUAGGGGUUUACACAGUUAUAUUAGCUGGUUGGUCUUCAAAUUCAAAUUAUGCGAUAUUAGGUGGAUUGCGAGCAGUUGCUCAGACUAUUUCUUAUGAGGUAAGAUUAAUUUUAUUGAUUUUAUCAUUUAUUUUUUUAAUUAAUAGAUUUAAUUUUUUAGGGUUUUUAAUUUAUCAAGAGAAUAUUUGAUUUAUUUUUUUAAUAAUUCCUUUAGGUUUAAUGUUAUUUUCGAGAAUAUUAGCAGAAACAAAUCGAACUCCUUUUGAUUUUGCAGAAGGAGAGUCAGAGCUUGUUUCUGGAUUUAAUGUAGAAUAUGGAGGAGGAGGGUUUGCUAUAAUUUUUUUGGCUGAGUAUAGAAGAAUUUUGUUUAUGAGAAUAGUUUAUGUUUUGAUUUUUUUAGGGGGAGAUAUUUUUAGUAUAUUAUUUUAUUUUAAAUUAGUAUUGAUUGCUUAUUUAUUUAUUUGGGUACGAGGGACAUUACCUCGGUAUCGUUAUGAUAAAUUAAUAUAUUUAGUAUGAAAAAGAUAUUUACCUAUUUCUUUGUUUUUAAUUAUUUAUUUUAUUAGUAUGAAAAUAUUAUUUUUAUAUAA